AUGCGGGUACAAUGCGAGGUGAUUGUGGUGAAAGAAGGGCAGACGAUGCGACCGCGCCACGUCAAAGGAUUCGUCACGAUCGCCAAGAAGAGAAUGGCUAGUUUUUCAUAUGUAUUUUUCAAAUUCUUCAGAGAGAAAUGGAAAUUAUUUUCCUAUACUUUCUUUGCCGCGGCUAGAAAUUCCGAAUUCUCAUGCGUAACUGUUCAUUUUUUCGCAUGUAGUUUUGAAGUUUUUCUUGAUAGUCUUUAUUCGCCGCGGCUUAAAACUCCUGGUUGCAUGGGGAAUGGCUUGUUGCUUCAAUGCUUGCCCGACUUGAAACUACUUGCGCGCGAGGGCAUCAGAAAUUAACGAAAAAAUGCUCUUUUCCAUUCGGCUGCUGAACCGUUUACGCGACCGCGAUGCUUUGAGCCAUUUCAUUCGCGACCAGAUAAUGGAAAAAUAAGUUUAGAAAGGAGUUUUUACUCAUUGUUUCCAUGAAAAGUGAGGACAGGAUUGUUUUCACUUUCUUGAACAUUUAUUCAGAAGGACGACGUUUAUCAGAUUCAUGUGGUCACGGCAACCGAUCGCAACGGAACUCGAUUUGAUGUUGGUGUUUUGUAAUUCAUUUACAAUAAUAGAGAUCUGAAAGGUUAAAAUCAAUAAGUGAUCAUGAGAAAGAUAAAUAAAGCGUUCGCAAGCAAAAAAAAAAUUUAAGUUUACUCUAACAAUAAGAUUUCGCAAAUUAGCAAACUUUUCUUCUAGUCAGUUGAAAAUGGUCUUAAAACGGAAACGGAAAAGACCAGGCUCUAACUUCUUUUUAUUUCAAAAAAAUUGGUUUUUCAUUUUGAUAUUUUUCGGUGUUUUUUUAGUUCUAAAUCGCUAGUUUCUUGUAUUUACGACUUCGUAGAGAAACUUUUCUACGAAAUAAUAAUCAUAAAUUGUUUUGGUUUCUUUUUCUAUGAUUUUUUUUUCCAGAUCGAUCCCAAAAAUCCUCCGAUCAUUAUGAAAAACUUCAUCGGCGCCAAAAAACUCACAAUAAACGUGUCGACGAAGCCGCGGAAGACCAUCAUAAUGAUGAACAACGUGAGCUUUUGAAUUCCUUGAAGGCUUGGCUGAAAGCGUCGCGUUUUGAGAUCGGAAAAAAAUUCUUUUCACUCUUAGUCUUCCUUUUGAGCACCGUCCGGCCGUCAGUUACCUCUUCUAGACUGUGCCAACUUGCGCAAGCAGUUUUUUGUCGGGCGCUAGAAAAAUCUGAAAGACGUCGAAAAAAAAUUUUUUUCUAAGAAACAGACCGCAACGCACUGACAAAGAAUGAGAAAUUCAGGAAUUUUCAUCAAGAUUUUCAAAGAUUGUUUCAGGAACACUUCAGAAAAAAUUGAAUUACUUCGCUUGUGAGCCAUUCUUUGCGACAUAUCUGUGGAAUUUUCAAACAUUUUUUGGUUUUUCUGCAAGUUUUUAUCAGAAAUUUUAGGUGGUGAAAGAUUUGCCGGCAUUCGUGACCACUCUGGAAUGCAUUAUCGGAGGCGAAACUCCCAAAGUUGGAGUUCAUUCGGCGGUGACGUCGACGGAAUUCCGGGCUCCCGUCAAAAAUCUCACUAUAGACAAGGCGGAGAACUUGAAUCAGCCCUUGCCGAUCACUUUGGAGAAGCUCAUCUUCGGUCCUAUUAGUGGGUUUUGAGAGAUUUUCGAUUUUCAAAAAAUAAAAAGUCAAAAAGUUACAGGAGAAGCAUUUUCAGUCUUGAAAAGGAGGUGAAUUGUUUUUUAUUGAUGGGAGCAUGUGAAUUUGGAUCGAAAUGCUUAUUUUUGGCGCUUAAAAUUGGUUUUUCUUGCUUCCCUCUACUGCUUUCAAAUAAAAUUUCGCGUAAGUCGCCCUGAAGUCGGGUGAGACUUUUAAAAAAUGGUCAUGGUUUAGCCUCUUGUGUGAUCAAAUUGGGUAAUGGUGUAUUAAUUUGAGAUGUUCCUGUGAGGUUUUUAGUUACAAAGGAAAUUAACUUUCAAUUUUUUUUGACUCCUGCGUCAUAUUGAAAUCAUCGUCUUUUUUCAUCUCUCUUCUACUUUUUUUGAAACCUAUGCAUGCGAAUCCCCCCUCUGAUGCAUUCUGACUGGCUUUUCUUGCCUAAACUCGCAUGUCCAAAAAUUUUUAUUUAAACUGAAAAGGACAAAAAAAUCUCGCUGUGACCAUCUGCUAUCUCCCUGCCCAAUUUCCCAAUUGAAUAAUCAAUUUUUCACAGUAAUUUUCAGACCUGCAAAGCCUUGACACGCGAAUCUUCGGCUGCAAGAAUCUGACGCAUUUGUCGUUCAGCGGGAAUCCUCUCGGAACCGCAACUUCCAUCAAUCGCUUGCCGUUGAUCUCGCGACUGAAGGAACUCCGACAGUUCGACGCCGCCAACUGCUCUCUCAGCGAGAUCUCCGAGCCCAUUUUGGUUCGUAAUAAUUAAAAGAACGAUGUUUUAUUCAAGGUCACGAAAAAACAAAGGAUGGGGGAAGAUAAAACUCGUAAUUAUUGGUCCUGUGAAGUCCUAAUGAGCUUCAAGACGAUCGGUAAAACUUCAAAAAGAAGCUAGAGAGUUUUCUAAAUUUUGAAGUGGAUUUUUAAUAGACAAAAUUUUCUCAUUUUCAGAAAAACUUUUUCGUUGCCCUACCGUCUUCCCUUUUGAAGUUGGAUAUCUCUCAGAACGGACUCAAGGUGAAUUUUCUUUCCGAGAAUGGAGUUUCAUCUUUUUCUUCUUUCCAGACCUUCCCAGAAAUAUUCCACCUCAAAAAUCUGGCACAUCUGAACGUUGGGUCCAACCAGAUUGAAUACAUUAGCAGCAAGGUAUGUUACAGUUUCAUGCACUUUUAUGGUCUUUUAUAUUUCUUUUUUAGUUUUACCGAACGCCUAAAAUGAUUCAGAACAUACAGGAAUCGUAAAAAUUUCUCAAUGCAGUCUUUAUUAACAUUUAUUAAAAAUGUUUCAGCUUUCCAACUGUACUGCCAUGAUGAAUCUGAACGUGAGCAACAACCGUCUGAAGACUUUUCCGCACGUUUUGCCGAAAUUCGUCAAUCUGCAAACUUUCAGUGUCGAUGGCAACGAAAAUCUGAUCACCCAGUGAGAUUUAUCAAAAUAUCCUGAUUGAUAUCGUUGAGUUUCUAUCACUAUUUAGCCGAUUCACGACUAGCUGAGGGGCGUGGCCUGUCUGUGAUCAAAUCACCAGAAAAUUUCUCUUUUUUUCGUGUCAGGGCCCUUUUCUCGAUAGCUUAAGCCAGCCGUGAAUGAGAUGUAUAACAUGAUAAAGAAAAAUGAAAAAGAGCAUUUUCCACUUGCGACUAAAGUCUGCUACUGGCGUCUUUGUGGAGAUGUCCUCUGCAAAAUCAUAUCUUGGAAGUUUUAUAUGAAUCGAUAAAGCUCAUUUCCAACAAGCCAACCUGAAAAAAAUCGGAAAUGAACCAUCGUUUUCAGGGAAAAUGCGAUGAGACCUCAACUUGUGGGUUUCAUGCAGCUGCAGCACCACGACCGGAUGUCGUUCUGCCAUGCGGGUCGCGUCGAGACUCUCCUCACCUGCGCCGCCGACGCCAUUCAUCGCAAUCCGUAGGCUUUCGACGUUUACGGAGUUGUAGAAUUUAUUCUUUUCUAAUCAGUUGAUUAUCGAACGAUAAGCCGAUUCCAAGUUUCAAAUAUCCAUGGGCUCAACCAUCUUCUUCUUCUCCCUACGCCUUCGUACCGCUUGAGCGGCGUCGGCGCCCUAAGUCGAUUAGCCGAGGUCCUAUCCUGAUAUGUGAUAAUUAGUGAACUGGCUCCAUCCCACUACCAACAUUUCUUAAACCCCUUGGUUGGGUCGGGGCGGGGAUCGAACUUGUGACCCUGUGGACCGUAGACAGGCACACAACCUGUUGCGCUACGGCGCGCUUCAUCCAUGGGUUCAACCAUAAUAAGUCAAAAAAAUUAUUUUCUUUUGGAAGGCCUGUUCCUUGCACUUCGUCUCUAUCGACAAGAGUUAACUCUACUGUAAACGUUUCAGAAAGCUGAUGGCGAUCGCCGAAGACGUGCUGCCGAGAUGCGUGGUUGCAAAGACGAUGUCGGAGCUGACAAUGUGUACUUCCUGUUUCAAACAAAGAUUCAUCCGCUACGUCGCCGAGUCGACCGUCGAACUCAGCAGCCUCGCCCAGGUCGUCGACGUCGUCAACCGCAAGAUCGUCCUCAGGUCCUCCACUCCUUUUGUUCUCCUUGACGAAAGAAGUUUGCAGACACGACCGCUGCAGAUCGUGCGCCUUGAAGAACUGUCGAAUCCGCGAAGUGGAAUAA